CCCCCUCCACCUAGAGGAUAUAGACGACUAGCCUUGGCUGGCACAAAAAGAAGCGAAAAGAAAAUGAAAGCACCCUCAUCGUCGUACUCUAAUCAAGCGGCAAAAUAGAAUUAAUUUUCAGCUCACUCAUGUAGAUUGCGAUGCAACGAUGAGGAACUUCCGGCAUUUCACCAUGCUCGGUAUAACUACCUAGAUACUGGACGAAUCGCUCGUGGACAGCCGAUCGACACACUUUUAUCGUCGCUCAACGGCGUAAGUAGCGGGAUUUCGCCAUAACCUAUAUCUCACAAUAAGCUUCGAAGCAGCUGCGGCACUCGUUACGAUGAAAAACGGCCUCAUCGCUUUCGCGGCGGCGCUGUCGCUAACCUCUGGGGCGAAUGCUUCGAGAGUUUGCAGCACGCCGACCUACCAGUGGCGCGUAGGCGCCGCGAGGUUUGACGGCGCCGAUCCGAGCAAGAACAACGGGCUUGCCACGGUGGCAGUCAGCAUAGUGCCAGGAACUCGCGCUCAGGGCACAUUUUUCGAGUGCGUCGCAGAAUGGCCAGAAUCGUGGGAAGGGCGGUACGAGGACGGGAAUAUCAUCUGGAGCGAUUGCAUCUGGGCCGGCAACGGAGCGACCUACGACACAGCAGUUGCUUUUGCCCUAGAUUGGAAGAAUCGCACCAUGCAUGUAUCUCACACGUUUGACUGCUCGGAUGCAAGCGGGUCGAGUGCCUUGGCGACGGGGUCGCUCGUUCUGGGUAUGGGCUGCACGACAACCGAGGAGAGCGGCACGAGUUGUGCGUUGAACGAAACCAGCCCUGCGAUUACCACGAAAGGCAGCCGGGCUCACCUAGGAGCGGGAUCCUCCUGCGCGGAUAACUCGAAGACAUACCAAUCGUGGCAACUCGAGGAAUGGCACCGCCAAUAUAUACUCGCUCCCGGAUCGACCGCCUCGCCGUCGUCGGAUACGGGGCCAUCGUUCACAUUGAGGAAUAUGGCGAACGCCGACGUAUUUGAUUGCUCGCCUUCAACGAACCAAAACGACACAUUCGAAGGAACGUGCAAGUCCAGGGCGGAGGGCAGCUCGACGACCGCAGCAGCAUUCCGAUUUGAGCGCAGCCUAGGCAUCCUCACCAUCACACAGAGCUGGGACUGCGGCGAUUCGUCUUCAUUCGAUGCCGUCGGCGUCGCAUAUGUCCAAGGAUCAUGUAGCCGUGAAGGAGACCUGCUCACUUGCACGUCGCUGCCACUUUGGAUUGGUACCCAGACGCCAUGAUGGAUG